AUGGAUAAAAGCUGGAUAAAUGAUCCAAAUAUUUUGUCAAGUCAUUAUAAGUCUGGUCUUAAGGAUUUUAUUGAAUUUGCGAAGACCAAUGGUAUGGGAUUGGAUGGAAAAUUAUUUUGUCCAUGUAGGAGAUAUAGGAAUUCAAAGAGAAAAAGCAUUUCUCAAGUUGAAUCAGAUUUGUCAGAAAAAAGCUUUUGUAUGUAUUAUAAAAAUUGGGUCUUCCAUGGGGAACCAUUUUCUACACACUCUUAUAUGUCAAGUGGAAAGAACAAUAAUCUUGAUGAGAAUGGUGUUGGAGGUGAGACAGAUUUCCUCAAUGAAACUGUAUAUAAUGACUUUGAUAUGAAUGAAAAUGGUGAAUCUGAUGAGUUACCUGAUUUGUUGGAUGAGAUAAAAAAUGCACAUGAAUCAGGGAUAUCGAGUGAAUGGGAUUCAAAAAAUUUUGACAAAUUGUUAAAUGAUGCACAAAGAGAACUUUAUCCGGGAUGCAGAAAGUACUCCCUACUACAUUUCAUUGUUUCCUUUUUCCACAUCAAAGUGAUGAAUCAUGUGACUAACAAGGCAUUUGACAUGAUGCUGGAAUUUUUAAAAGAUGUGUUACCAAAAGGAGAAAUACUUCCAUCCAGUUUUUAUGGGGCCAUGAAAAUUCUAUCUGGUAUAGGUUUGGGGUAUCAAAAAAUUGAUGUCUGUAAAUUUGAUUGUGCAUUGUUUUGGAACGAAAAUGAAAAGAUGGACAAGUGUCCUAUUUGUAAAGAAUCAAGAUGGAAAGUCAAUAAUGGCAAGGAGAAGAAAGUUCCACAAAAGGUGAUGUGGUACUUUCCAUUAAAAGCUAGGUUGCAAAGACUUUUUAUGUCUUCUAAAACUGUUGAAGACAUGAGAUGGCAUGAGGGGAAACAGGUUAAAGAGGAAGGUAUCAUGAGACAUCUGGCUGAUUCUAUUGCUUGGAAGUAUUUUGAUAAACAAUAUCCUGAUUUUGCUAAAGAUUCUCGAAAUGUAAGACUUGGAUUGGCCACAGACGGAUUCAAUCCAUUUGGUAACAUGAGCAACUCAUACAGCAUGUGGCCAGUUAUUUUUGUACCUUACAAUUUGCCUGCAUAUAAAUUUAUGAGAAAGGAAUAUCUUAUUCUAUCACUUCUUAUUCCUGGUCCACAUGCCCUUGGAAAGGAGUUAGAUGUGUUCUUAAAGCUAGCAAUAGAUGAUUUGAAAGAUUUAUUUCAUGGAAUCAACACUUAUGAUGCAUAUAAUGGACAAAAGUUUCAAAUGUGUGCAGCAAUUUUAUGGAGUAAUCAGAUUUCCCCGCAUAUGGCUAUUUGUCUGGAUGGAGCACUAGUGGGUAUAAAGCAUGUCCAUGUUGUCUUGAUGAUACUGCUUCACAAAGACUAA